CAAUCAGAAUUCGUCACACUACACUCAGCGCCAUCUUGUGUUGUAGUCGCCGGUCGAAAGGCUCGGAGUACGAGCAAAGAUUAUCACGAUGAUUUCUCGACUUGCCUUAAGAAAUGGUUCCAUUUUAUCAGCAGCGGUGCUGCGAACUGCCACCCCCUGUGUGGCCGCAGCCCCCAAGCUUCUGUUCCACACCAGCCAGCAGCAGCUCAUGCCCAAGAAGCUCCCAGAGUAUGGCGGCCAGCUACGCCUUGGCUUAGUCCCAGAGGAGUGGUUCAAGUUCUUCGAGAAGAAAACCGGCGUCACAGGACCAUAUGUGUUCGGAGGAGGAUUGAUCAUGUACCUUCUCAACAAAGAGAUCUACAUAAUGGGCCCGGAGACUGUCCACGCUUUCGUGGCUUUGACGUUACUGGUCUACGGAAUCAAGAAGUUUGGACCGGGCAUUGCCGCCUGGAGCGACAAGAAAAUCCAGGCGCAACUUGACCAGGCAAACACGGACAAAGCUGAGACUAUGUCUGUCCUGAGCAACGCGGUGGAGGAAGAGAAGAAAGAACAGUGGAGACUGGAAGGCCGCCAUUACCUCUUUGAUGCCCGGAAAGAAAAUGUAGCCAUGCAGAUGGAGAUAGAGUACCAAGAAAGGUUGAACAAGGUCAACGAAGAGGUCAAGAAGAGACUGGACUACCAAGUUGAGCUGGACAACAUGCACAAGCGGCUGGAGCAAUCUCACAUGGUACGCUGGAUCGAACAGAACGUCGUCAAGAGCAUCACCCCUCAGCAGGAGAAGGACAUUCUCAACAAGUGUAUAUCCAACCUGAAGACGAUGUCUGUCGCAUGAUACCCGCCCGUCCCCAGACAACACCGGUUUCUCAAACACUUGGCUUCGAGAAUAGUGAAUUAGCUGUACAAAAAGAGUCACUUGUUUUUAAAUUAAUAAAAACUUGUUUUAAAUAAAAAUGGAUUGAUUGAAUUAGACAAGAAUGCAACUUGAAUUGUUUGCAGUGUGAAAAACGUUGAUGGCAAAUACAACCUUUUGGGAAAGGGGGAUUCUUAAACGGUUUAAACUUGCUUGUAAUGGUUUGAUAGUUUAGAGGAUUACUUGACCGAGUCAAUCCUUUAGCACCUUGGGUUGUGCGACAGAUCCACCUCUUCUAGACAAAUGUGUGUACUGGUACUGAAAAAGUCUAGUAUGAAUACCAAAUUUGUAAUUUUUGCUCAAAAAUCUGUUGUGCUUUCUUGACAUAACCAAACAUAUCUUGGUAUUGUGUGUAGUACACCCCAACACACUCAGAGGUGUUAUACCAUAAAAAAGUCACAGCAAUUGCAAUAAUUUCUUCUUUGGAUUAUGAUUUUUACACUGAGUUCAACCAUGAUGAUUCCGCCGGAACAAAAGAUUGUCAGAAUUUUUGUCAAUUUUUGGACGGUUUUACACUUUUUGGCAAUAAAGGAAUAUACAAAUGGGAA